UACAAAAUGUCGGAUUGUUUUCAUUUUGAUUGUUGAGGAAAUUUUCAUGUUCACUGAUUUUUGCACACCAUUGUCCGAUAUAUAAUUAGGAUGACAUAAUGUGUGACCACAGACAUUUACGUUCUCCAACACCGGCUGGUAUAGUAGAUCAUGUGUCAUCUUUAUCUGAAAAUCUUGGUGAAUUGGUAGAUAGUGCUGAUUACAGUGAUAUUACAUUAAUCGUCGAGGAUGACAAGUUCCAGUCACAUAAAGUUAUAUUGGCUGCCAGGUCUGACUAUUUCAGAGCAUUGCUCUUUGGAGGUAUGAGAGAAUCUCAGCCUGGUACAACAGAGAUUGAGUUAAAAGAUACAUCAUCUACAGCAUUCAGUGUAUUGCUGAAGUAUAUUUAUACAGGCAGGAUAAAUCUACUGGAAAUUAAGGAAGAAAAUUUAUUGGAUAUACUUGGUAUGUCACAUCGGUAUGGAUUUAUGGAACUGGCUUCUUCCAUCUCUGACUACUUGAAGGCUAUCUUGAAUAUCAACAAUGUUUGCCUGAUUUAUGACAUUGCUAAUAUGUAUUCUUUGAUGUCCUUAUGUCAAGUGUGUAAAGAAUUUAUUGACAGAAAUGCCUUAGAUAUUCUUCACGGAGAAGCAUUCCUUACUCUGUCACAGGGUUCCGUAAAGGAUUUGAUUUGUAGAGAUUCAUUUUGUGCACCAGAAAUAGAGAUAUUUAAUGCGAUUGUUCUUUGGGCAGACCACAAUACAGGACAGGAUCCUACCCCUAUCUUAGAUGCUAUACGCUUGCCACUUAUGAAUAUGCAAGAACUAUUGAACAAAGUGAGACCUACAAAAUUAGUCUCACCUGAUUCUAUCUUGGAUGCCAUCAAAGUUCAAACAGAAUGUAGGAACAUGGAACUGAAAUAUAGAGGACUUCUUGUUGUUGAUGACAAUGUAGCUACAACAAGAUUUGGAGCCCAAGUAAUGAAAGGUGAGAUGAAACAAGCCCUGUUAGAUGGUGAUAGCAGUAACUACGAUUUAGACAGAGGUUUUACCAGACAUCCUAUAGAUGAUAACUAUGAGGCAGGUGUUGUGAUUAAACUGGCACAACCGUAUAUACUCAAUACAUUUAAAUUGUUACUAUGGGAUCGAGAUAUGAGGUCUUACUCAUAUUUUAUUGAAGUAUCAAUGGAUGACAAGGACUAUGAAAAAGUAAUUGAUCAUACCAAGUUUCUGUGCAGAUCAUGGCAAAUUCUUCAUUUCCCUCCAAGGGUUGUCAGGUAUGUAAGAGUUGUAGGAACACACAAUACUGUCAAUAGAGUGUUUCAUUUGGUUGCCUUUGAAAGUCAAUACACAAACAAACCUUUCCAGUUGGAACAAGGAUUAAUUGUGCCAUCAGAUAAUGUUGCAACAAUAGCAGCUAGUGCCUGUGUAAUAGAGGGAGUUAGUAGAAGUAGGAAUGCUCUGAUCAAUGGAGAUAUCCGACAUUAUGACUGGGACUCUGGAUACACAUGUCAUCAGUUAGGAAGUGGUGCUGUCAUUGUUCAAUUGGCACAGCCUUAUAUUGUUGAUUCUAUAAGACUACUGUUGUGGGAUUGUGAUGACAGAAGCUAUAGUUAUUACAUAGAGGUGUCCAUUGAUCAGAAAAACUGGCACAUGGUUAUUGAUAAGAGGAAUGAGCCAUGCAAGUCUUGGCAGCACAUAACUUUUGAGAGAAGACCUGUAGCAUUUGUUAAGAUUGUUGGUACAAGUAACACUGCAAAUGAGGUUUUCCAUUGUGUUCAUUUUGAAUGUCCUGCAGAGACUAGUAUAAACAUGUCAAACCAAGGAGGGGCAUGUUCACUUCCCGUUAACCCAAGUGGAUCCGCCAGUAAUAAUAGUAUUCAAGGUCAACAAACACCAAGCUCUGAGAACUAUAUUAGUGCAGAAUAUUCCCCGCAGGAUGCCCCAGAGGCAGACAGAAUGGACACACAUGAUUCUAGUGAUUCUGAGAGCUGACAUGGAACAAAAAACCCAAUCUGUUUAAAUGGAUGCCCAUUGUUUCAGAUGAUUAAAAAAACUGACAUGAAAAACAGAAGUAGAAGAAAAUUUUUUAAGUUGUGUUUAUGAUAUUGCUUUUAUGCAAAAGGGGAAGGGGUGAUCAAGCUUUUUAUUUACAUUUGCAUGUAUUACAGCUAGUGUUUGAAAUUAUGAUCUUCAUGUAGAUGUAUUUAUAUAAACCGCCCCAUUGUACAUUUGAUGAGCCAUUUAUUUUUUUAUUUUUUUUUUGUACAUGAAAGUAGUAUUUUCAGAUGUACAUAAAUGCAUUGCUUUGAUAAGUUAUUAAUUUCAUUGAUAAAAUUUCUCAUUCAAGAAUGAAGGAUAAAUUAGAAUGAGAAAUUGAGAGAUUGAGAGAUAUAAGGCCUGCUAAAUGAAUAUGAAAAAAAGAGUUUUGACCACACCAAAUUGAUUUUUAGUUACAUGUAUUUCAAUUUCAGGGACAUGGCCAUAAAAAAUCUGAGCAAACACUUUUUUUUUCUUUCUGAUAGCACUUCUAAAAUCAGAAUAUGAUGUUGUUGUUUUUUUUAAGCUUGCUGUUUAACAAUGAAAACUCCUGAAUUGAAAAGGAAUUAAAGGCAUAGCCAAUUAUAUUUCACUAAAAUCCAUGCAAAAUUGAUUUUUUUUUUGUCUUGAGUGCAAUAAAAAAAAAAUUUUCAAUGAUAAAUAUUAUUUACCAAAAAUUAAUGAAAGAAGAUCUGCAAAAACUUAAAAUCAAUUUAGUGUAGGCUUAAAGAAUGUGAGGAAGGUUGUGCCAAAUACUCUGGAUUUAAUUUUGUAAGUACAAAUUUUUGUGGUAAGAAAUAUAGGAUUCAUGCUUUAUCAUUUGCUUUCAUUAAAAGAAUAUGGAAUUUUUAUUUUGUUGAGAACUGAAAUUUGCUUUAGGGCUGUUCCAAAAUUGAUUAUGGUGGAGGAUUUGAAGCACUCAAAUUAAUUAAUUGUGGGUGGUUGCAGUUUCCUCAGAUUAAAAUUGAAAUCUUAUUUUAUGGUUUAGAAAAUGUGCCUCCCAUAUCCCCCAUGUAUUUAAUUCUAGAACAGCCCUUAACGUAUCUAUGAAAUUUGGUAUUGUACGAAUUAUAAUGAAUCCACAGUAUAUUUUUAUUUUUUUUGUGAAAUCCAUGACGGAGUUAUAUAAGAUUGUCUGUGAUAUAUAUAACAUAAAAGAUUGUUUUCCUUAUUGAAAAAAAAAAUCAAAAUCUUCAUAGAUUCUGUAGUUGUGAUGAAGAAAUGUAUUUCUAGAAAAAAUUAUGAUGCUGUUUUCACAAAUUUUUUUUAUGACCUCGGAUUGCAGCAUUGAUUUUGAAAGGUUAGGGCUGUAAAUCCUGUCAGAAACCAUGAAUUGUAUUUAAGCUUUGGUACAAGUCUGAUUUGAUCUGGAUAAUUUUGAAAUACUUUUGACAAUGUGCAAUAUUUUUUUUUUCCAUUGAUGGUAUAUAUGAAUAUUAAACUUAAAGAUUCCAUGGUACAAAACCAAGCAUGAAACAGAAUUGAUAAUUUAAUCCUGUCCAUUUGUGAAAAAGGUAAAUUAUUCAAAAGCUCUAUAUUUGGAAAGAAAAUCAUUUCUAUAUAAAUUGCAAGAUGCCUAGAAUGUUCAACUAUUUAUUGUUCUAGUAAUACUGGCAGUCAAUACAAGUUAUAAAAAAAACCACCAAACUGCUGUUGUAUCAUGCUGUUGCAAAACACUUAUAUUUUAUCAGUAUUUAUAUGAAGAUACAUGUACAAGUGCUAUUUUUUUUUUUUUCAUUUUGUGUCAUUUUUUGUGUUGUUUAUAUACAUAUUGAACUACUGUAGUUUUAUACAUGUAUGUAAUGGCUAGUGAAUUUUAAGAGUCUUUCACAUUUUUCAUUUUGCAGUCAAAUUUAAAUAUAUAAUGAAUAACUAAGUCAAAAUAUUAAAAUCUACAUUCCUGAAGAUAUUUAUUUGUUUGGGAAAAAAACAUUGCCUUGAUUUUCAACAUUGGUUUUGAGAAUUAAUUAAUAAUAUUUAUUCAUAUUGUCAUUUUCAUGCAAAUUUAUUAUAUAAUAAUGUAUAGUAAAUAAUUUGAUAAAGCAUGAUAAUUGUGCCUUCUGGUCUUCAAUUUUUUGUCAGUGAUUUUUUUUUUAAAAGUUUUAAUUUGAUGUAUCUUACACUAUCUUCCCUUUUCAGUCAUUUUGCCAAAAAUGGCCCUACAGGUUAACAGUUGGGAACUUUUGUAUAUUAAAUGACUCUUAAUCUCUGUGAUACUGUCUAAAAAAUCUACUGAGUCAGAAUUUUUACAAAUAGAUAAAUUAAAUACUGUCAUAUUUUUUUUUGAUAGCUUGAUAGGUUGAUAGCAACAUUUUUUGUAGUCUUGUUUUUGUGUCAAUUACGUUAAACGAUAUUUAGGUUGUUUUUGUGUCAAUAACGUUCACAAAUCAUAUUUAGGUUCUCAUCAACUCAUAGAAGUUAGGAAGGGAUCGAUCUAAAAAAACAUCCUUAUCGGAACUACUUUCUCUCUCUUUGUUUUGGUAGUGAUCAGUUUUUUGAAAUAGUUAUACAUGCAAGAAUGUCAAAAUUUACUUCAGAAGAAUUUACAGAAACAUUUCCCCAUUAUUGACCUAUAGAUAAGCCCAUGAUCAUUUUAUGUUGUUUAAAAAUAUGUUCCUCAUUUUAAUGUGUAUAAAACUAUUGUCAAUGCUCAUGAUUUUUUGUUUUGCCAGAAAAUUUGCUUGCAACAAUUUUUUACAUAUUUUUUUUUAUUUCAAGAAAGAUUUUGUAAACAAGAGUCUAAAAAAUAAGUUGAAAUUGUACAGAUUUUUACCACCAUAAUUCAACCCUGAAAACAUUAUUCAUCCCAUUUAACAAGAAGAUAGUGCAUUCGGGUAUUUCUCAAACUAGUCUGGUUUCAAAAUUUGUAAGGAAAAUAUAAUUUAGUAAGACUUUAAUUAGUUUAUGAUUCAUUUGAAUACAGUUUAACUAACAUGACUAAUUGCUAAGAUAUACAUAGGAAGUAGUAUUUUGAUAGAAAUUUUAUUCUCUUGUAAAAGGAUAAAAUCUGAAAUACAAUAACUACCUUUUAGAUUUGUUGCACAUUUAGGACAACAAAGUCAAGGUCAGGCAGAAUACUUAUCUUCUUCCAGACCUAUUGUCUGAAGGUGUUAUUUGUAAAAUAAAACAAUUGAAAUAAUCGUGUCUUGUCCAGUGAGUGCUUCUCAUGAUUUUUCUGUUACAUUGAAAAAAAAUUCUCAAACAGUAAAGUGAUUCUGAUGUUUUUCACAACUCUAGUACAACAACACUUACCUAGUCUUGCAGCUACUAUCAUUGAAGUAAUUCAUUGUGUUUUGAAACCUUUUAUUUAUGCAAGGAUAAAAAAGGUCUGUUGCAAAACAAUAUUUGAACAGACUACCAUAUUUGAUUUGUUUUUUUAGUAAAAUAAUUGUUUGUGUUACAAUGUUAAUUUUUCAUAUUUAAUAAAACAUUGUUUUAUGUUU